CGACAAUUUUCUUCAAUUGACAACGCAGUCGGUGAAGGGAAACAUUUUGGUUUUUUUUGCAUUGAGUAUAGCAAUUAAAAGUUAAAGUAAAAACGCAAUUAAAUGGCAAAUUAACCAAACUAGUGCAAUCGUUUACCAGCUCAACUCGUGUAUUAGAGGAACGCAAGCAAGCUUUGGAGCUAAAGCCAUUUGCAAAGCUUGUUGAAAAAAUUUGCUGCGAACCUUGUGAGGUUGUACAACAAAACCCAGAAAAAUGUUUCGUAGUCGCAGUUGGUUUGGAGGGAAUUGGAACCGCCCAAAGAAUCGCCUUUCAUUGGAACAUCUGAAGUACCUGUACAGUAUACUAGAGAAAAAUACGACUGUGUCGGAGAGUAAUCGCGGACUCUUGGUGGAAUCACUGCGAUGCAUUGCAGAAAUACUGAUCUGGGGCGAUCAGCAUGACUCUUCUGUAUUUGAUUUCUUUCUUGAGAAAAAUAUGCUGUCCUACUUUUUACACAUAAUGCGUCAAAAAAGUGGGGGCUCGAGCUUUGUGUGUGUGCAGCUAUUACAAACGUUAAAUAUUUUAUUUGAAAACAUACGCAAUGAGACAUCGCUGUAUUAUCUCUUGAGCAACAAUCAUGUCAAUUCUAUAAUUGUACACAAGUUUGAUUUUUCCGACGAGGAUGUAAUGGGCUAUUACAUUUUAUUUUUAAAGACGCUGAGUCUUAAACUCAAUACGCAUACCAUACAUUUCUUUUACAAUGAACAUACAAAUGACUUUCCGCUUUAUACAGAGGCUAUUAAAUUCUUUAAUCAUCCCGAAUCUAUGGUUCGUAUAGCAGUACGCACCAUCUCACUAAAUGUCUAUAAAGUGCAAAAUGCCAGUAUGUUGCGGUUUAUCAGAGACAAAACUGCCGCUCCUUAUUUCAGUAAUCUCGUAUGGUUCAUUGGCAAGCAUAUUUUGGAGUUAGACACUUGCGUGCGAACUGAUAUUGACCAUCAAUCAAAUCAGAAACUGUCCAAUUUGGUCGCCGAACAUCUCGAUCAUUUACAUUACCUGAACGAUAUUCUGCUACUCGAAAUAGACGACUUGAAUGCCGUACUUACCGAACAUUUGCUGCACAAGCUCUUUGUGCCGCUUUAUAUCUUCUCACUUACGCCCGCGCCACCUCCUCCUUCACUCGCCGUGGCUACACAAAAUCUAGCAGCGGUUCUAAAUCGGCCAGUCGAUAUUGAUAUACAAGAGAUUACUAAUCCACGUGUAUCAUCAAUUGUCGCCUUGUACCUGUUGUCUUUGGUCUUCUUGGUUGUAACACAUUCGCCGCUAGUGCAUGCCCUUGCCUGGGUGAUACUAAAUGGUGAUCACAGUGUCUUUAAAGAGGGCGCUGCUGAAGUAUUAAAUGCUUAUGUAGAGCAUCGCUUGGCUGUUGUGCCUGGUUUUGGCGAGCCGCGUGAAAGUUUGGAGCAAGCAUUAGAGACUGUAGGUGCUAACUCAUAUAGUUAUAGCUAUGAAGGUGACGAUUUGAAUACGGUUGAGGCCACAGCUGGUACAAGUACUACAGCAGCAGCAGCGGAAAAUGUGGGAGAAUCCAUUGUUACAACAACAACUACGGAUGCUGAUGAGCAAAGAGCGGAAAGCGAUGCGCAAGUGAUAAAGCGUAAAUUUUCAGCAGGCAAAUCAAGCGUAGCUGCGCAAAUUGUACUAAAUAAUGCCAAAUUAGCUAAUAUCACCGACGAAGAGAAAGAGAAGCUACAGAAGCUAGGGCAGUCCUCUCAAGGGUUUAGCGAAUUGAGCCGACCGUUUUUACAAAUGGUGCUUUCAGCGUUGGACUGUACAGAGAAUGAUUAUUUAGCGCUUUUGGCAUUAUGUCUCACUUACGCGAUGGCCUACAACCGAGAUGGUGUGAAGAACGAUUGGUUCGAACAAGUGCUUUCCAAAUCUGCCAAAGGUUCUUAUAGCUAUAAAACGGAACUGAUAGAACGUCUGCUGCACAUAAUAUCGCUCUCCAGUCAGCCGUGUAUGGAAGAGCAAAAACAUAUAAAUACCUGUCGCAUACGUCUCAUUACGAUUGAAAUCGCUUUACAACUUCUUGUAACCUUCACUAAGCCUUGCACCGAUGACGCGUGCAUUACAGAAGCUCAGCAAGAUGCAUUAUUUUUAGCGCGCAAUCAGUCUAUGGUGGUUUUACGCAACUUUUAUAAAUCCGAAGACAUCUUUCUUGAUCUUUUCGAGGAUGAAUUUAAUGAAAUGCGCAAAGCGAUUUUGAAUGUAGAAUUUUUGUGUAUGGACUCAACAAUACUCCUACCACCAACUGGUACGCCCCUGACAGGCAUAAAUUUUACACGCCGCCUGCCGUGUGGCGAAGUGGAGAAGGCGCGUCGAGCCAUACGUGUUUUCUUCCUGCUGCGUAGAACAUGCCAACAAUUUUUAAAUGAAAAAGAAACAUUGCUGCCGCUGACAAAUACCUUGCACCUAGUGCAGGUGGAUAACGUGUUAGACUUAAAUAACAGCGACUUAAUUGCCUGCACCGUAAUCAGCAAGGAUAGCACCAAGCAGCGACGUUUCCUUGUUAUAGAUUCGUUGCAACUCAUACUCGUUGAACCAGACGCCAAACUGCUAGGAUGGGGUGUAGCUAAAUUUGUUGGAUUCCUGCAGGAUGUAGAAGUGGUCGGCGAUAAGGACGAUUCGCGCUGUUUGCAUAUAACCGUACAUCGUGGUGGCGCGACGCAUAACCGUACGCCGCUAUUAUCGGCGAAAUUCCUUUUCGACGAUCACAUACGCUGCAUGGCUGCGAAACAAAGGCUGACAAAAGGCCGCAGCAAGGCACGCCAAAAGAAAAUGUAUCAAAUCGCGCAACUCAUCGAAAUGCCGGGCCAAGUAGUCGACUCACCGGUCUAUGCAGUAGCUGGUCUACGUGCUGGUAGUGUGGCCAGCAGCAGCUCUCGUUCCUCACGCGAACACCGUCCCAUCUUGUCCACAGCGAAUAGGGUGCCUGGCUUUGCUGCAGCUUUAAAACGCGAUACAAAUAAUGGCGGUGGUGUAAGUCGCAUACAAAUGGCGCGAAAUCGCUCAAUCGAAGGCAUACGUAACGAGAGUGUUGGACGUCCACGUCGACGCAAUUCCAAUUCCAGUUCGCAUUCGUCGACAUCUCAAACGCGGGAAGUAAAUUCAUCACCCGGACGUGAACAUUCGCCUAGCAGCUCUUCGCAGUCGCGGGAGCAUUCACAGAAUCGCACUUCAACACGUUCGCGUGACAGCAGUCCGCGCAUGCCUAGACCGCGCUCUGAAGAAAUUCCGCUUGAAGAUUUCCAACAUUCACGCAACAAUAGUCCACAAUCACGUGGCAGUUCUUCAUACGUUAAUACGCCAACACGUGUACCUACGCCAUCACGCGCGUUAAAUUACGAACAGAUCGCCAUUUCUGUGCAUAAUGGUAUGCCACGCGAAACGCAUUCCCCAGCGCCGCUUAACCCAACGCAGCUAAAUGGUGUUGCUAUUGCAAAAGAAGUCGUUGUACCGGUCGCUAGCUCCGAAGAGACAUCGUUUAUUGGCAGCGAGGAUGCACCAUCGAGUGAGCAACGACGUCGCGGAAUUAUCGAAACAGUAUAAAACUUAUGAACUGCUGUAGAUUUGCAUUAGGUUAAUAUAGAGGAUAAUAUACUAGUUUGUUUUGCGUUUAUAAUCCAUAAUCACAAUAUUCAUAUGUUUAAUCAACAAAACAAUAAAAAUGAGGUUGAAAACUUUUACAAAAAUUA